AUGUCGCUCCUGGAGCUGUCGUACAGUACCUUCUCGCUGCUGCAGCAGUCGCUCCAACACCUAGAUCUGUUGUACCAGCAAGAGGUGCAAGAGCAAGAGAAGGCAGCAGCAGAAGCCGAGGCAGCAGCUGCAGCUGCCGCUGCUGCUCCCCCUACUCGAGCUAAAAAGGGCUCAGCUGCAAAGCCAAGCAAAUUGAAUGCUGCUUCAGAUGCAGAAAAAGCUGCUGCUGCUUCUGCAGCUGCUGCUGCCAGACAACAAUACGAGAACCAACUUAUGGCCUACGCACACCUCUGUCAGACAGCAGGGACCUUGGGAGAGCUGCAUGCUGAGCUUGUCUGCCCGCUUUUAAGGGAAUGCUUGUCUGAAUUGCUGCUGUUGCUGCAACGAAGAGCCCUGCUGCUGCGGCGGAAACUUGUUGCGGCGAACGGUGGCUGCUGCUUCCUUUCUGAAGGGUCGGCCACUGCUGCGCUCAUGCUUCCAGUGAAGCUUCGCUGCAGCAACAAUGGCAGCAGUUGCAAGUUUCUGCAGAAAGGCUCGAUCCAGUCGGUUUCUCCCCCGCAAGAGGGAGCACAUCGCUUUACUGCUGCUGUCGUUGGUGGUGAUGCUGAAGAAGUGACUCAAACGCCACCUCACGUGCUCGAUGACCUUCCCUCCGCAACCAUACAGCAAGCCGAUGUAAAGUUACAACAGCAUAUGGAGGACCAGCUCCAGUGCAAGGCACUGGAUUCCCCGAGCUUUCAUAGUGAGGAUCCUAAUUCACCACAGACAGCCGCGUUGGCAGCGUCCGGCUCUCAAGAGUCAUCUGUUACUGCACGCAGCCAAGAGCAAAACGGCGUAGAGAAGUUCAAUUACUUAGCAGGUUUGAAACCACAGGAGGAGAUGGAAAAGCUGAAUACGGCAGCAACACGCAUUGCUGCAUUCUGGAAGGGAGCUGUUGUCCGUGAGCAGCUGCAGCAACAGCAACAACUGCUCCUGCAGCAGCUCGGUCUCGACCACAACAUCAACCCCAGGGAGAAGCAGCGUCAGCGAGAGCUGAUGCUACAUGUCCAAAAGUGCCAAUUGUCACUACAGCGGCAACAACAAGAAGCAGAGGCUGAAAUAGAUCAGAUGCGACAGGAGGUCUACGAAGAGCUUAACGGCAGUUACAAAGACAAGCUCAUGGAGCAGAUGGUAGAAGAUGGCAAGGAAUGGAUGCUAAACUUCAGACGCAUAGUAGGAGCGCUUCCAGAAAGUCUGCAAGACAGAUCGAAGGAAUUCAGGGGCCUACCUGAGGUUCCCGAAGGCAAGAUUCUGAAGCUUGAACUCCCCGGCAAGAAGGCUACGCAAAAAAAAGGUGCUGCUGCGUCGCUUGUUGCGAAAGCGAGAUUCCCUGCUGCCUAUACAUAUGCUACUGACUCUGUUGCUGUUAACUUAGGAAAGGGAGAUUCAAAGAAAAGUAAUAAUGGGGAGAAGACUGGCAGCAAGCCGGAUAACCCGAGCAGCAGUGGCAGCAGCGACAGCGAAAAGGGGUUCAAGGAGGAGCUGCAGCGGCUGCUCCUGCCGCUGCAGGCAAUUGCUGCCCAGCACCCAUUGUAUGCGUCAUUUGCUGGAACGCCAGGGAUCAGCAAGCACGCAACAGACAGUAGCUCGCUGCUUGCUGCACCCAAGGCAGCUGCAAAUACAGCAAGUGCUGGGCCUUCUCGGUGGACUGAGCUCGCAGCAGAGGAAGCCAGCAGGGCAGCCGUGGGAACAGCGCUGCGCGCUAAGCUGCUGCCCGCUGUAGCAGCAGCCGCAGCAGCGAAAGCAGAUGCAGUGCUGGAGGAGCAACUGCAGCAGCUGCGCUUCGAGCUGGACGGUAUAAAGCCAAGAAAACAGCGGAUGGCUCGCAAAGGGAGAGUGAAGAGCGGGAGUGCAAAGUGCUGCAAGUGCACUGCAGCCAUCCUUGGUCCACCAGAAAAUUUUUUUGAUGACCUCGUUGAAGUAGGGUUGCAGUAUAAGCUCUGCCGCCCGGCACUUUGUUGA